AUGGCGUCCCUCACGUCCGCACCCAGGCUAUGCCUGCGCUCAAUUGCAAAACCCCUUGGCCCCGCGGUGCGCUCCCUCAGCUGCUCCGCCGUGCGAUCAGACAGCGGCACGUCUUCCUAUCAGAGCCCUUUCAAGAUGGGGUCCGAUAAGGGUAGUUCGAUCCCGGACUUUGGGAAAUACAUGUCUAGCAGCAAGGGCGAGAACAAGAACAAGCUCUUUUCCUACUUCAUGGUCGGCACCAUGGGUGCUUUGUCCGCUGCCGGAGCCAAGAGCACUGUUCAGGAGUUCCUCGUCAACAUGUCUGCCUCGGCUGAUGUCCUGGCCAUGGCCAAGGUUGAGGUAGACCUGAACGCUAUUCCCGAGGGCAAGAACGUCAUCAUCAAGUGGCGCGGCAAACCCGUCUUCAUCCGUCACCGAACGCAGGACGAGAUUGACGCAGCCAACAAGGUCAACGUUUCUAGCCUGCGCGACCCCCAGACCGAUGACGAGCGUGUCAAGCAGCCUGAGUGGCUUGUUAUGUUGGGUGUGUGCACUCACCUUGGUUGUGUUCCUAUCGGUGAAGCCGGCGACUUUGGCGGCUGGUUCUGUCCCUGCCAUGGUUCGCACUACGAUAUUUCUGGCCGCAUACGAAAAGGCCCUGCCCCGCUCAAUCUCGAGAUUCCCGAAUACGACUUCCCUGAAGAAGGCAAGCUAGUCAUUGGUUAA